CGACAGUCCACCCUCAGCCAUCGCACCGACUUAUUCGCAUUAUCGUGUUCUCAAUCACUAUUAUACGCGUAUCUCCACGUAUAUAUACGACAUAUGUAUGUACGUUAUAAAGCUUACUCAUAUUUACGAUAGACCGAUUGUAGAUAGAACCCGCAAGCUUUUAAUGCGAGUUACUUCGAGAAUCGAUUGCCGUUUUUGUUUUUAUCAGUGAAGUGAUUGACAAGUGAGUUUUGUUUAAGAGGAAUUUAAUAACUACAAAAAGUUUUUUGGUCAUUAUUUAAAUAAAAAUUUUAAAUAAAUCACAGAUCAAGAUGGCAUCAAGAACUCGUGGAUUGCCUGGAUAAAUUUGAAAAUAUUUAAAAAAUAAUAGACAGAAUACGUAAACAGCGAUUCAAAUAUACCAUAUUUUAUAUUUAAAAAUUAUCGUAAUAUUUUUUUACAUAAAAGUAAUUGUAGUUAAAGUUAAAAAUAAUCAUAACAAGUUUUUGAGAGUAACAAAUGUGAAUUGAAGUGUGGCGUAAUUUAAUAGAUAGAUAAAGUAUAAAAUUGUGGUAGCGGGUGUUAAGUUACAAGUGAAGUUGGCAUGUAUUGUUUAAGCGUGGCAUGCAAGUGCGGUGGUGGUGUUAGAGAUAAUGACACUAGGGAGAGAUGAGUCUGGAGCUGGGAUACAACAGGAGAAGAGGAAACGAACGAGUUGGAGUGGAGCAACAACAGAAGAGAUACAGCCAUGUCAUGGGAGUCUGUCGCGUCCAAGCAUUACCUUGGGAGUUCGGGGAGUCAUCAACUAUCGGCAACAGCGUUACUCGGAAGCCCAGAUGAUUGUGGAUACGUUUAUCAAUUUGCUGAAGAGGAUUAUCAAAGUGAAUAUCAAAAUGGGAGUACUGAUAGCCAGUACAAAAAUAGCAGAACUGGCGCUGGAAUAUGGGAGUGUCUUAUCGGUUGUAGGCAUCGAUUUGAUCAACAAAUAGCAAGGAGACGUGUGGAGCAAGGAUUAAAAUUAUAUCGAGCACACAAACAGCAAGCGGCGGUGCGGAAAUGGCGAGGAGCAUUAAAAAAUAUCCGACAACGAGAAGACAAAUUUACUCUACUAGGAUAUCUUUACCAAGCGUAUAUGGACUGGGGAAAAUACAGGGAUAGCAUAGACUUUGCGCUCCGACAGUUGAGUAUCUCUGACGAGCAGGACUCGCCUAACAUGCGGGCUGAAGCUUAUUUAAAUUUAGCCAGGGCACAUGAGAGACUUGGUCUUCUUGACAAGGCUUUGGGAUACGCUCGACACAGUCUCUACAAUGAGUGUGACCAAUGUGCGACAGCUGGACUAGUUCACUUGACUGUCGGCAGAGUACAUUUGGAACUAGCUGGAUUCUGCAAAGCGCUGGAAGCUUUUCAGAGGGCUCACAAAAUUGCUCAUUCCAUUCAAGAUCCUUCUUUAGAACUUCAGGUGUACGUGGGACUGUCUGAAUUAUUCUGUCGCCUUCAGGACGCUGAAAAAAGUGCUAGAUACGCUGCAAGAGCGUAUGAUCUCUCAAGAAGCUUACAGCUCGCUGAUUUAAAUUCUAGACACCAUCGUGCAGCUUUGUUGCAAAUGGCAACUGCGUUGAGGAAGAAAGGCGAGCUUGGUGACGCUCACGAUUACUGUUCGGAAGCAACUCGAUUGUCUUUAGUAUCUGGGGAUCAAGCCAGUUAUGCACGAAGUAUACGAAUAAUGGGAGAUAUCUACCGUAAAAAAUCGGAAAUAAGUAAAGCCUUUCGACAGUACGAGAGUGCUAUGGGAUCGGCAGCAGCGACUGGAGAUCGAUUGUGUCAAAUGGAAGCUAUGGAUGGUGCUGCCAGGUGUCUAGAAGCUUUACGACUUCAACAUAAAAUCUGUAAUUGCCGACCGUUAGAAUUUAACACAAGGUUACUUGAAGUUGCAAGCUCUGUUGGUGCCAAGUUACUCGUGAGAACGGUGCGAUGCAGACUAUCGCGAAUCUACGGUUCUCUAGGCGAUGAAGAGCAGAAAAAUCAUCAUGAAAGACUGGCUGCUGCUACUGAAGAGGACUUGGAGCUGAGAUGUGGAGGAUGCAAUGAGUCUUUUGGCUUAGAAGCUGACACUCUUGAAGCAUUGCCGUGUUCACAUAUUCUCCAUGCUCGAUGUGCGUACGACAUACUGAAGAGACGUGACAAAAAGAAAAAACGACUUUGUCCCGAUUGUCAUAAAUCUGUAAGCUCACGUUUAUAUUUACAUUGCGAUGAUUCUCAUGAUUUGAAUCAGAGUUCAUUGAGCUUGGCGUCAUUAAAAGCUAGCAGUCUAGCAACUUUGAAUGACUGCCACGCUACAAGUAGUGUUUAAUUUUUUGUAUGUACUUUUUUUAUUUUUCUAUUUUUUUUUUUUUUUUUUUUUUUUAUUAUGUGUGAAAUAAAUUAUUUUGAUUUUUAAAAUGUAGGAAUUCAAAAUGUUUUAUUGUAAUGACUAAUGAGUUUUUUUAACGGUGAAAAUCGGUAGCCCAAAUCCAACGAAAAUCACCCUCAAGUGUGUAGAAUUUAUCAACGUGUUCAAUACGUUUAAUUGAAUUGAAAUUAUUAUGAGAAAUAA